GAAGACGACCAGCCAUUUUAAGUCAAUGAGUCUUCAAUUCACAACGCUACUGUAGGACGGACAGCGUCAGGACCCAAUUUCAUCAAAAUUUACCUUACAACUGUUAGUGGAGAAUUGACUACUAUGAACUUAAAACGCUCCUUAAGCCAAAUAACCAGUAGAUCCAAGUGAAGUGACGCAUAAGCCAGUAGAAUCCAGUCGAGUUGUAAUUUUUGCACCUCCAUGUAGCUAGAGGAAAUGGCUGUGGAAAGCAUGACUGUCCAUCCAAACUCCCCAACUACCAACCACGAACACAACAGUCUCCUGACUGACGAAAGACGGGAGGAUGGCGAGCUGGAGGAGGGGGAGCUGGAGGACGACGUUGGUGAGGUGGAGGAGGAGGAGGGGAGUGUAGAGACCCAGGUGGCCUCCGGGGCAGGUGGCGAGGGAGGAGACGAGGCAGAUGGAGGCGUUGGAGGAGGAGGAGGAGGAGGAGGAGGUGGUGGUGCUGGAGCAGGAGGCGCUGGCGGGGGCGGGACAGAGCCCGGCGGAGAAGGAGGCGCGGAGAAGCUGCGAGGCAGCCGGGAGCGCCACGCCAGCACGGGCUCGGACGAGGAGCGCUCCCACCGCCGCAAGCGCAAGAGGAAGAAAGAGAAGGAGCGGGAGCGGGAGAAGGAGAAGAGGAGGGCCAAGAAGAGGCGCAAAUCCAAGCACAAACGUCACCCGUCCUCUGAUGACGACCACUCCGACUUCAGCGACGACUCUGACUACAGUCCCAGCGAGAAGAGGACGAAGUACCGGGAGUAUAGCCCCCAGUACCCCCCUGCUGCGCACGACGUCUACAGCGGCCCCAAGAAGGGCAACUACAUGAAGAUGGACAAGCAGAACUACGGCGGCUACGACGAAUACCAGGAGGAGAACUUUGAGGGUGAGGAGGACCAGGAGAAUCCAGAGGAAGAGUACAACGAUGACUUUGCCAAGGAGCUCAACCAGUACCGCAAGGCCAAGGAGGUGGGAGGGGGGCCAGGAAACCGCGGAGGGCGAGGAGGCAAAGGUCGGAUGAAGAACCAGCGAGGUCGCGGAGGGAUGAGGGGAGGUAGAAGAGGGAGAGGAGGAAGUAGAGGAAGGGGGGGUCGUGGGGGAGGAGGAGGAGGAGGGGGAGGAGGAGGAGGAGGAGGAGGAGGAGGAGGGGGAGGAGGGGGAGGAGGAGGAGGAGGAGGAGGAGGAGGAGGAAAGAUGGGGGGAGACAACGACCACAUCGAUGGCUACGGAGGGGAAGGCGAGAUGGAGGUGAGGCCCUCACAGUAUGGCGAGGAUGACUAUGAUAACAUGGGAGAGGAGGACUAUGAUGAUUACUCUAAGGAGCAAGGCCACUACCGCAAGUCCAAAGACCGUGGUGGCAGAGGAGGCAAAGGGGGCCGUGGGCGGGGCCGGGGUAAAGGGGGGCGUGGCAUGAAUCGAGGCAAGGGGAGGAACCGAGGGAGAGGAGGGAGAGUAGACCAGAUGAACGACGAAGACAACAAUGGAGACAUGGACAAUGGGGAUGACGGAGGUGUAGGAGGAGGAGGAGGAGCAGGGAGGAGGAACCCUGGGGACAAGCACCCUGAUAAGAAGGGGAAGGCCAUCUGCAAGUACUACAUCGAAGGCCGCUGCACCUGGGGGGACCACUGUAACUUCAGCCAUGACAUCGAGCUGCCCAAGAAGAAGGAGCUUUGCAAGUUCUACAUCACUGGCUUCUGUGCUCGGGCCGAGCACUGUCCCUACAUGCAUGGUGACUUCCCGUGCAAGCUGUUCCACACCACGGGGAAUUGUGUCAACGGAGACGAGUGCAUGUUCUCCCACGACGCCCUCAACGACGACACCCAGGACCUGCUCAACAAGAUGCUGGCUGAGGAUGCCGAGGCCGGUAUGGAGGAUGAGAAGGAGGUGGAGGAGUUGAAGAAGCAGGGCAUCAACCCGCUCCCCAAACCCCCACCAGGAGUAGGCCUCCUCCCGACCCCUCCCCGGCCCGGGCCCCUGGACACCGGCAACGGGCCCGGAGACUUCGGGGGGCCGAUGGGGGGUGAUUUCGGACCCCCGCCGCCCGGACCCAACCAGGGCCCUAUGCUCAACAAGGCUCCCCCAAUGCAAGGGCCCAUGACUGGGCCCAACUCCAUUCCGCUCCCCCCGCCUUGCUCCGAAGGAGGACCCUACCAAGGGGGUCCUCCGAACCCAAACGGACCACCUCCCCCCGUGGGCCCUCCGCCUCCUUGUGGAGGUGGAGGUGGUGGCGGCGGCGGUGGUGGUGGAGGUGGAGGCUGUGGACGGAUUCCCUCGUUGUUUGAGAUUAAAGUUCAGCCGACAGGACAACUGGCUCACAAACUGGCUACAAGGAGUCAGACCCCCAGCACCACGCAGGGCCAGACCGGGACCACCUCCUCCCAAGGGGCCCCCGGCGACGCCCCGGUCCGCUUCCCCGGCCCCCCUGGCAUGAUGUCCCCGGACAUGACCCAGGGGCCUCCUCCCAACAUGCCUCCCGGCGGGCCCCCCAUGAUGGGGCCCUUCGGGCCGGGCGAUGGGGGCCCUCACGGAGGCAUGAUGCCCCUGGGACCCCCACCCAACUUCUUUGAGAACUUCUUCAACCAGCAGCAGCAGCAGCAGCAGCAGCAGCAGCAGCAGCAGGGCAUGCAGAUGGAAGGCGUGGUGGAGGAAGGAGACAACUUCCAGGGCCCCCCGCCAACGGGAGGAGGCGGACCCAAGAAGUUCGGCGACCACUCGGGAGGCCCCGACGGCCCGCCAAACAGCGGCUCGGCCAAUCACGGAGGCAUGUCGGUGCCUGACUUCCUGCCCCCGGCCCAGCGCGUCCUGUUCAUGAGGAUCCAGCAGAAGCAGCAGGAGGAGGAGGAGAGGGCCCGGCGCCUGGCCGAGGGCGGGCAGGACAAGGGCCGCGACAUGGAGGGUGACUCUGGGAACUGGUACUCCAGCGAGGACGAGGACGGGGGCAGCAGCGUCACCUCCAUCCUGAAGACCCUCCGGCAGCAGACCAAGGCGCCCCCCAAGCCCGAGGGCCCGCCCAGCGACCCCCGCCUCCAGAAGGCCCCCGCCCCCGCCCCGCCGCUCGCUAGGCCCGCCGACCCCCGCCUGGCCCGGGACCCCCGCCUCACCCGAGCCCCCGAGCCCGUCCCGGAGCCCGCCCCCCCGGGGCCCCCGGCCGACCCCCGCCUGGCUCGGCUGCCGGGCCCCCGGCGCCCCCCCCCCGCCGUCCCCAAAGCCGAGCCCCCCCUGGUCUACAAGCCCCCACCUCUGCCCACCCUGGCGGUGGAGGAGGAGGAGGCGGAGAGGGUGCUCCGGGACAAGCCGGUGCCCAUCCCCCUGGACCCCCUGAUGGGCAUGGCCCUGCGGGACCCCCGCUCCCAGCUGCAGCAGUUCAGCCACAUCAAGAAGGACAUCGUGCUCCACCUGCCGGCCUUCGCCCGGACCGUGGCCUGGUCCCCCGAGGACCUGCUCCCCCUGCCCGCCCCCAAGCCGGACCCCCUGCCCCUCCCGCCCGGCAUCCCCCCGGUCCCCUCCCAGGACCCCCGGCUCUCCCGGGCGCCCCCGCCGAGCCACGCCCCCCCGCCCCCCUCCCUCCCCCACCCGCCCCCCUCUCUCCCCCCUCCCCCGGCGAUGGAGGGCCCCGCCGGGCCCCCGCCCUCCUCGCUGCCCGACUUCGAGCUGCUGUCCCGCAUCCUGAAGACGGUCAACUCCAGCCCCACGCACGUCCCCUCCGUGCCCCUGCUCCUCACGCCGCCCCCCCCGCCGCUGUCGCUCCUGGGCCCCCCUCCCCCCCUCCUCCUCCCGCCGCCGGCGGACAAGCCGGUGGACCCGCGGACGAGUCGCAAGCCCCCCGCCGACCCGCGGCUGCUCGGCGACCCCCGCCUCCAGCCCCAGAAGUCUGCCUUGAAGCAGCCGUCGGACCCCCUCCCUCCCCCGCUCUCUGCCGCUCCCCCCGCACCUCCCCCCAGCUCCUCCUCCUCCUCCCCUGCCACCGCGCCCUACGACCCCCGCCUGCUGUCCGCCGGCGGGGCGGGGCGCGCUGUGGGCCCCGGGGCACCAGGGGGCGCCAGCGUCCUGAGUGGCAUCAGCCUCUACGACCCGCGGACUAACAAGCCGGGCAGCCCCGGGCCCAGCAACGGUUCCACCAGCUCGCCAGCCCCCGCCCCCGCCGCCGCCGCCGCUGAGGCCAAGCCCAGCGACGCCCGCCCCCCCAAACCCAAGCCCAAGGAGCCGCUGUUCGUCCGGAAGUCGGCGCUGGACCAGCCGGAGCCGGAGAAGAGCGGCGAGCAGGGCACCGACCGCUACAACAGCUACAACAGGCCCCGGCCCAAGCCUGCACCCUCGCCCAACGCCCAGGCCCAGGGAGGGCCCGCUUCCUCGGGGGCGGCGGCCGCCGGCGCCGGAGCCCCGGGCCCCGCCGGAGCGGCCCCGGAGCAGGGGCCGCCGGGCGUCCACAACCUGCCGGUGGCCACCCUGUUCAGCAUGGUGAAGCAGGCGGGCAAGGCCGGCGGCACCGGGAGCCCGUUUGGCGGCAACAGCCCGGCGCAGGCCGAGCUGACGAAGGCGGAGCAGGACAACGCCUCGCUGAAGGACGUUUUCAAAGGCUUCGACCCCACCGCGUCCCCCUUCUGUCAGUGACCCCCCGCCCCCCUCCACUGUACGUUGACCUCUGAACCCGUCCGACUGUCCGGUCAACCCCGGAACAUUGUUUUAAAAAAACAACAACAUAUGAACGCUGAGCACAACAGUGAUGAGAAGAGGACUGACGAGUGCACUGAAUCAAACUACUGGUCAACAUGGACUCCACUAACGCACGCACACGACCGAACACACACACGCGCACGCACGCACAUUUCUACAGUGUUGCAGAUUGGAUUCUAUAAGAGACUUUGAGAGUUGGGUGGGAGGUUGGAAGCCAGAUUUAUAUUUUAAAGGCAAAGAUGUGUAUAAUUGAAUGUAUCUUCUUCAGCUAUACAGAGCAACAUGCCGUCUGUAGCCGUACUUCUCCGCUUCUCUGCUUAUCCAGUUUGCCAUCCUCCACUAUAUUUCUUUUCUGCGCUAGGGAGGGGUUACUGCACUGCUUUGACAUUGUACAAGACCGCAAAAGUCCCAGAAACAGAAGCCAUGUUGUCGAUGUCUAUUCAUGUGUAAUCACCGUUUAUUUGCUCAACCAAUCAAAUGCAUCGUUGGUUUCUGUUCUGUGUACUGCAGUAGAGAGAGAAAUGACAGACUGAUUAAAUUCUAUUCUUGGGUUUUCCACAUUUUUCUUUUUAGUUUGUGCACGAUUUGCAUUUGUCGAGUUUACGAGUCCUCUUUGGUUUAGAGAUUCCCAGUCUUCUCGUCAUCUCUCGAUGUUUUAUUGAAGUCGGUUUUUCAUUCGCAACUGUACAAAGGCAGCGAGUUUAGCAAACGCAAUCAAACCUUUGACCUCAACGUAACGGCAUCAGUGGGGACCGCUGGGCGUUCCUGUUGGCCAGACGUCAACGGCUGCGGUCCUUCUGAUUGGCUCGUCGUCGGGCACGGCGGUCUACCUUUGUGAUUGGGCUCAGCCUGCUGAUGAUUUGCUGCCCUCACACACAGCUGCCUCCUAGCUGUCUAUCACAUGACCUACGACCCCAAGGAUAACAUGGUCAAUUUGGAAAACUAAACUUAAGGACUGUAGGGUUCUGUCGUCUUUGAGAUGUGCGUUAUUUUAAUUUAUUUUUUAUACUCUUGAGGACGCCGGUGGGGUGGGGGGGGGGAGAUACGCCUGAUGGCAUUUUGGGUCUGAAUUGUUUUAUAUUCUAAUAUGUUAUUAAUAAAGUAUAACCUGGUGGUCUCACAGCCUGGGAAUAUGUAAAGAGAGAAUCAAUUCCCGUGUAUUGUUAUUUUUUUAAUUUGCCCUUCUGUAUAAAGAUUUAAAAGUGAACUAAAUUCUAUCGUCUCACCUUUGACUUUGAGAAAAGGCUUCUGGGAAGUGGAGGUAUCUGCUUCUCGGGACAUUACGUUUGUCUGUCCCUUCUUUUCUUCAGAGCUAUGUUUGUUCAUCAGUUUUUUUAAUUUUGUAAAUUAGAUUUGUUUUCCUGCAUUGUAAAUGAGCUGUGUCGUGUCUUUGAGAGGCGUUUUCUAACCGUUCACUGUAGGGGAGGUUCUGAAAAAUAUUUAAAUAAAGGCAGUACAUGAUCAACCAGAUAACACCCAAGGCUGUUUUCCUCUUGCUUUACUAAUAGUUUCAUUAGUUUGUGUAUAAGAUUAAGACUUCAUAUCGUCUUGUGAAAAUGAAUAUUCGUUCAUGUCAAUUAUGGAUUUGUAUUGCACAUAUGGCAUAUUGUACGAAUUAAAACCAACCAACCCUUU